AUGAUCGUCUUCUUGCUACUUUUCCUGACGCUUACGCUAUCAUACCAGCAAACCGAGACUCUUCUUGAGAAUCCUUUAAAUCCGCCUCAUGGCUGUGCAAAUUUUGGCCUAUGUAUAGCUCCGGAACCUUUUGAAGACGAAAUAACUGGUGAAACAUAUUAUACGUGUCCCACUGAUGGAUGUGUUUGUAAUCCAGGAACGGAAGGAGAUACGUGCGAGACAAUAAUCCCAAAGUGCGCUCCCGAUCCAUGUCCAAAAACAACUGGAAGUAUGUUCAUUUGUAAAGAGGGCUUACAAAACUACACAUGCGUAUGUCAACCAGGCUUUACAGGAGAAGACUGUACAAUUGAUCUUGCUUCUGUCUGUGCAACAAAUCCAUGUUUGAACGGUGCUACUUGUAAAUCUACCAACAACGUUGAUUAUACGUGCAGCAAAUGUCCUGAAGGAAAAAUGGGACAUCGAUGCCAAUAUAAUGACCCUUGUGCUGAUGUUGAUUGCCAGAAUGGGGGCGUAUGCGUGCCGAUCUUCGAUGGUGCCCACUUCUACUGCCAGUGUAAGGAGAACUGGCAGCAGGUUUACUGCGGGAGGACGAAGUACAUUUGGCUAAGCUUCCAUGACAUCCUUGCUGCUGACUCUACAGGUCUUCCAAAAGCGUUAAACUUUCCUCUUUCAGCUGAAACAGUUGUAACUGAAGGAUGUUUCGAAACGAAUGCGGCACUUGCUGAUACGUCUUAUUACAAAAACAUAACUGAACCAGGCAUGAGUAUAACGAAGUGCAAGAAACACCUCAUGUCGAUUUUGAAUAUCUUCUACACCAUGUUUAGUAAGUUUCUCUUCAAGAUUUUUAGAAAUGGGCUGGACUACAAUACCGCUCAUACCUUUCGCAAAAUACGCGAUUUCACAGAAAAAUCCGUCGCAAGCGUCGUAUCGUCAUAAUU